CCCAAAAUCCCAUUAAUCUCAAUACUAUCUUUCCUCCACAUAUGAAAUGAUCUUGCUGUCUUUUAAUGUUUUGUAAUGCCUCGACUUCAUUCUAGUCGAGUAAUCUUUUCCUAUGUGAUAUGGGACUAAAAUUUGUAUACUCUCAUCGAUCUCCCAAAUUUCCUCGUACCUGAUGAUUUGAUGCUUCUCAUAUUCUUGGGUGUCACAAUCUUUCCUCUUUCGCACUUCAUUAACAUGGUAUCAGAGUGGGUACGUUGGGUCUCCAUCGAUGAUGAGCUCCUUACUCAGACCCACGAAGGUAAUCAUAAGAAACUUAUAUGUAAGGGAAAGUAUUGAAAUAGUCCCACAUCAAAUGUCAAAUGUGGGUGACUCAACAAUCAUAUAUUACAAGAGACCACCCCACUUAAAGUCAAUUGAUUUGAAGAUGGAAGUUUUUUGACAAUGUAUGGGACUGUUUUCUCACAUUUCAUCAGUGUACUUCUCCCUUCCUUACUCAGAAAAUUCCUUCCCCAUGGUUGCCAAUAGGGGUGUCAAUCCUGAGUCCGCACCGGUAGGUCCGACCCCUCCUGACUCGGUUAAAGCCCCACCUGAACCGGCCCAUUUAAUAAACGUGUCGGGCUUAAGCUCGACUCUUUUAUUAAACAGGUGUUUACGGUGCAGAGUAGUAGCCCAUCGGGCACCCGACCGGCCUGACUCACUUAAGUAGCCUGUUAGAACCGACUCACUUAGCCCGACAGACCCAACAUCUUUUAGAAAAAUGCUUAAAUUGUAAAUACCUAUUCUACCAUUAACAUUACAAAAUAUGAGUAAUGCUUAAAUUGUAAAUACCUUUUCUAAGAAUCUUAUCUUCUUAAAUUCUUAGAAAAAUGCUUAAAUUGUAAAGCCAAUAUUUUAAUCCGCUUAAAAAAUGAUUUUAGGGUAGAUCCGUUUAGAGCUCGUUUAGAAUUAAAUAGACCCAUAUCCCAUUUAUGACCCGUUUAAGGUAGUCCGAUUAAAGUCCAACACCGACCGGUCUGAUUACAAAUCGUACCAUGCCCCCCCAAACUCAAGCCCGUUUAAGUAAACUGACAUUAACGGUGCAAGAAUUUCACACCGUCAGACCCGAUUAGGCCCAACCGAGCUUGGCCCGGCUCGACGGAUUGACACCCCUAGUUGCGGGGCAGCAUGGUCCAAGCAAUAAUGCGAGGGCCAAUGAGAAGUCACGCCGAGGUAUCCAAUAGGGUUAUCAUUUUGCCCUUAGGACAGUUCUUCUUUUUUAAUUAUUAUUAAAAAUAGUAUAGAAUGACGUGAUUAUAAUAUAAGAAGGUACACCAAAUUGAGUCAUCGGUAGAAAAGAGUAGCUAUCUUUGUUUUUUUGGUAGAAGAGAAGAGUAAGCUAUCCACUGAUAACUAUCCUCCUCUCUCUCUUUAGUCUCCCUUCUGCUCUUAUUUAUCCUCUCCUUCCCUGGAUUCCUUGAUUUUCCUUUAUUCUCUUCUUACCAAAAAGAAUAAAAUGAUUUACUCGUUCAGGGACCCGCGCCCUGUAUUGAUAAACACCACCCUUCUCAUCUUCAUUCUCAGCAACGCAGUAAUCCAAGAAGCCAAAUCACUGGACCCAAAAUUCGAAACUUGUCAGCCUCGGAGCUGCGGCGACGCCGUCAAAGGACCGAAUAUAAGUUACCCGUUCUGGAUUUCUUUCACCCAAGAAUCCUACUGCGGCCUCCCAAACUUCGAGAUAACCUGCGAUGGCCAAAAACCAGGGCUGAAGAUCCCCGACGACGAACACAAAUACCACAUCAGAGAAAUCUUCUACGCUAACAAAUCCCUUCAUGUGGUCAACGCCAAGGCAUUGAAGGACGAUUGUCAUGUUCCCCUGCAUAAUAUUACCCUCGAUGGCACUAAUUUCAGCGUCGUCCAUUCAUCCGUCAAUCUCUUCUUCUUCUAUAACUGCACAAAUUCGAUUUCCUCCAAGUAUUCAUUCCCGCUUACUUGUUCGAGUAAGGAUAUUGGGAAAAACUCGUUUGCUGUAUUCGAGCACCAUUUGGAUUUGCUGUACAUGAAAUAUUCCCCACAUUCUCUUCAUCAGACAUGCAAUUCGACAGUGAAAACGCCCGUAUACAUGAACGGUACUAGUUUUGGGGAUUAUUUAUCAGGACGGAAAAACUACGCGGGGUUGUUGAGGGGAGGGUUUCUGUUGGAAUGGACUGAAAAAAUUAGUAAUUGCAGUGGAUGCCAAGCAAGCGGUGGCCACUGCGGCUCCGACGAUCAGAAAGAAUUCUGGUGCUUUUGCCCCAAUGGACCCAGUCGCCAAUUCUGCCCUGCUGCUGUUGCAGGGAAGAAGAGAAAUUUGGUAUUGACGCUUACAAUAGCCUUUGGUUCUCUUGGUGUGGGAAUGAUUUUAGCAUGUGUAAUGUUCUUCAUCUGCUACCGACGCCGCCAUCACAAGGGGAGCCUCUUCAAUCCAGUCAAAGGCAACAACCUCUCUCCUUCUUCAACACCCCUCUCUAGAAACAUUGCAUCCAAUUCCUCCUGCAAGGACCCUGAAAAGUGCAGUACCUACUUCGGAGUCCAUGUAUUCACUUACGAUGAGCUCGAAGAAGCCACUAACAACUUCAAUUCUGAAAGAGAACUUGGGGAUGGUGGCUUUGGCACUGUUUACCAUGGCAAGCUCCGGGAUGGACGUGAGGUUGCAGUCAAGCGCCUUUAUGAAAACAACUUCAAACGUGUUGAGCAGUUCAUGAAUGAAGUUGACAUCCUUACCCGUAUACGCCAUCAGAGCCUUGUCACACUAUAUGGAUGCACUUCACGACAUAGCCGCGAACUCCUCCUUGUUUAUGAGUUCAUUCCCAAUGGAACUGUGGCUGAUCAUCUUCACGGUGAUAGAAAAACAGAGACUGGGAAACUCAGUUGGCCUAUAAGGAUGAGCAUUGCCAUAGAGACUGCCACUGCACUGUCCUACCUCCAUGCUUCUGAUAUCAUACAUCGUGAUGUGAAAACCAACAACAUUCUCCUUGACAACAAUUUCCGGGUAAAAGUUGCAGAUUUUGGGCUUUCCCGUCUCUUUCCUACAGAUGUCACCCAUGUCUCCACUGCACCACAAGGGACUCCAGGAUAUGUAGACCCUGAGUAUCACCAAUGCUACCAGCUUACAGACAAGAGUGAUGUAUACAGCUUCGGGGUGGUCUUGAUUGAGCUCAUAUCAUCAAUGCCUGCUGUAGAUAUCAAUCGACAUCGGCAUGAGAUUAAUCUGUCUAACUUGGCGAUCAACAAGAUCAAAAAUCAAGCUUUGCAUGAGUUGGUAGACCCCUGUCUUGGAUAUGAAACAGAAUGUGUAGUAAAGAGGAUGAUAACAUCAGUGGCCGAGUUGGCUUUUUGUUGCCUGCAACUUGAGAAGGAGAUGAGACCUUCCAUGGAUGAGGUAUUGAAGAGUCUAAAGCAAAUUGAGAGGGAAGACUACACCAUGGAGAAGGCAGAGGGGGUUGUCAUUCAGACAGACACUAUUGGGUUGUUGAAGAAUACUGAUCCACCAUUUUCGCCUGAUUCUGUGACCAAUAAGUGGGUUAGCCGGUCCACUACACCUAAUGCCAGUGCUUAAUUAAGGAUCAUCCCCAUCUCUUUUUUUUUUUUUUUGCAUCAAAAUGCAUGGGAAGAAUAAGUUCUACUUUCAUAAUCAGAUGCAAUUUAGUUGAUUGUAUUUGGAAUUUCAACUUCUUUUCAUCUGCUUGUGUUUUUGUUGUGCAGUUCUCAAGGUUACAGUAGUAACAUCACUGAGAAUUAAGGCUUGAGGGCGUUGUACAUAGUUAAAAGGAGUAUUAUCAUACGUGCCAUUUCUUAGUACUUCUGAUGUGCAGCAUAUCUGAGAAGUGUUUUCCGAUUAAUGGAAGGUUGUUUGAUCACUAAGAGGCUUCCUAUUAGUUGAGGAUUUGAUAAUCUACAGCUUUGUUAUUAGCUUUGCUGUAAAUUUGUAGGUUUUAUUAGACUGUCUUUGGCACCCAUUUUUUUCUACUCUUUUUCUGUAAUUUUUUUUUUUUAUC